UUAGCAGAAAAAAAGGUUCCAAAUCAGAGAAAAGCCAAGCUGGUUCAUCUUUAUGGUCGCAAAACUUGCUUCUCUCUCACCACUCCAGACGCCAUAGAAAACUGAGAAGGUCAAGGUGGUUAGGGCAAAUGUGUGUUCGAAUCUGAUUUCCUAAAAUUCAGAAUCACCAUUGAGAACAAGCUCUAGAAAAUGUUGCGACUCAAAGCAUUCAGGCCGAGCAACGAGAAGAUCGUGAAGAUCCAGUUACAUCCAACACAUCCAUGGAUGGUCACUGCCGAUGCGUCAGAUCACGUUUCCGUUUGGAAUUGGGAACAUCGCCAGGUAAUCUACGAGCUCAAAGCUGGUGGUGUUGAUGAGAGGCGUUUGGUUGGAGCAAAGUUGGAGAAGCUUGCCGAGGGUGAAUCAGAGCCUAAAGGGAAGCCUACAGAAGCCAUGCGUGGAGGGAGUGUUAAGCAGGUGAGCUUCUAUGAUGAUGAUGUGCGAUUUUGGCAACUUUGGCGCAACCGUGCUGCAGCGGCUGAGGCUCCAUCAGCCAUCAAUCAUAUCACCUCUUUUAGUCCUCCUCCUCCAUCAACAAAAGGAAGACAUUUUCUUGUAAUCUGUUGUGAAAAUAAAGCCAUUUUUCUUGACUUGGUAACUAUGCGUGGCCGAGAUGUACCCAAGCAGGAGCUUGAUAACAAAUCGCUUCUUUGUAUGGAGUUCCUUUCUAGAUCCAAUGCCGGAGAUGUCCCACUAGUAGCUUUUGGUGGAUCAGAUGGUGUCAUUAGAGUUCUAUCGAUGAUAUCAUGGAAGCUAGUACGAAGAUACACUGGAGGACAUAAAGGUUCAAUUUCUUGUCUGAUGACGUUUAUGGCUUCUUCCGGUGAGUCACUUCUGGUUUCGGGGGCUAGCGAUGGAUUGCUUGUCCUUUGGAGUGCAGAUCACGGCCAAGACUCACGAGAACUAGUACCAAAAUUAAGCUUAAAGGCACAUGAUGGUGGUGUUGUGGCUGUUGAGCUUUCUAGAAUCAUUGGAGGUGCUCCACAGCUUGUUACAAUUGGUGCCGAUAAGACAUUAGCUAUAUGGGACACAAUCUCUUUUAAGGAAUUACGGCGGAUUAAACCUGUUCCUAGGCUAGCAUGUCAUAGUGUGGCAUCUUGGUCCCAUCCACGAGCUCCAAAUCUCGAUAUUUUAACCUGUGUUAAAGAUUCUCAUAUAUGGGCUAUUGAACACCCCACUUACUCAGCGCUAACAAGGCCAUUAUGUGAGCUAUCAUCUCUUCUUCCUCCACAUGUGCUUGCGCCUAACAAGAAAAUUAGGGUUUAUUGUAUGACAGCACAUCCUUUACAGCCUCACCUUGUUGCUACUGGAAGCAAUGUUGGUGUUAUCAUCAGUGAGUUUGACCCUAAAUCUCUUCCAGCAGUUGCUUCACUGCCAACACCCUCAGGGAGCCGAGAGCACUCUGCUGUCUAUGUAGUUGAAAGGGAACUUAAGCUACUAAAUUUUCAGCUGUCCCAGACGGCAAAUCCUUCCCUUGGGAACAAUGGCUCCUUGUCAGAAACAGGAAGGCUUAGGGGAGACUCUCCUGAACAAUUACAUGUUAAGCAGAUAAAAAAACACAUCAGUACUCCUGUUCCACAUGAUUCAUAUUCAGUGCUCUCUGUAAGCAGUUCAGGAAAGUAUAUUGCAAUUGUGUGGCCUGAUAUUCCUUACUUCUCUAUCUAUAAAGUAAGUGAUUGGUCCAUAGUUGAUUCAGGAAGUGCAAGGCUCCUAGCAUGGGAUACCUGCCGUGAUAGGUAUGCCAUAUUGGAGUCUUCAUUGCCUCCUAGAAUUCCUGUAAUUCCAAAAGGCAGCUCAAGAAAAGCGAAAGAAGCUGCUGCGGCUGCAGCACAAGCCGCUGCAGCUGCUGCUUCUGCCGCUUCUUCAGCCAAUGUUCAAGUUCGAAUCUUGCUGGAUGAUGGAACAUCUAAUAUAUUCACGACAUCUAUAGGUGGCCGCAGCGAUCCGGUCAUUGGCUUGCAUGGAGGGGCAUUACUUGGUGUUGCAUACCGAACAUCUCGAAGAAUCAGCCCUGUUGCUGCUACAGCUAUUUCAACAAUUCAAUCUAUGCCUUUGUCUGGAUUUGGAAGCAGUGGUCUUUCUUCUUUUGCCACUCUCGAUGAUGGAUUUAAUUCUAAUAGUUCCCCAAAUGAGGCUGCAGCACCUAACUUUCAGCUAUACAGUUGGGAAACUUCUGAACCUGUUGGAGGACUUCUUCCUCGACCAGAGUGGACAGCAUGGGAUCAAACUGUGGAGUAUUGUGCUUUUGCCUAUCCACAAUACAUUGUCAUAUCUUCAUUGCGGCCACAAUAUAGAUACCUGGGUGAUGUUGCGAUUCCCUUUGCCACUGGUGGAGUUUGGCAUCGCAGACAACUUUUUGUUGCUACACCUACAACAAUUGAAUGUGUUUUUGUGGAUGCGGGAGUUGCCGCUAUUGAUAUUGAAACAAAAAAGAUGAAAGAGGAGAUGAAACAACGAGAGGCACAAGCAAGAGCUGUUGCUGAGCAUGGUGAAUUAGCUCUUAUCACAGUGGAUGGUCCCCAAAAUGCUACUCAAGAAAGAAUAGCAUUAAGACCCCCAAUGCUACAGGUGGUCCGCUUGGCUUCAUUUCAGCAUGCUCCUUCCGUGCCACCUUUUCUGUCGUUGCCAAAACACUCUAGAGUUGAUGGGGAUGAUUCAGCAUUUCAAAAAGAGAUGGAAGAGAGAAAGGUCAACGAGAUAGCUGUUGGUGGUGGAGGAGUGUCUGUGGCAGUUACUCGUUUCCCCACAGAGCAGAAACGACCUGUGGGUCCUUUGGUUGUGGUGGGUGUUAGAGAUGGUGUUCUUUGGCUAAUAGACAGGUACAUGUGUGCCCAUGCAUUAUCUCUAAGUCACCCUGGUAUUCGCUGCCGAUGUCUGGCUGCUUAUGGAGAUGCUGUUAGUGCCGUAAAGUGGGCAAGUAGACUUGGGAGAGAACAUCACGAUGACUUAGCUCAAUUUAUGUUGGGCAUGGGUUAUGCUACUGAAGCACUUCAUUUGCCUGGGAUAUCCAAGAGGUUGGAGUUUGAUCUGGCUAUGCAGAGUAAUGAUCUGAAAAGAGCUCUCCAAUGCCUUCUUACCAUGAGCAAUAGUAGGGAGAUGGGGCAAGAUAGCACAGGGCUCGAGUUGAAUGACAUUCUCAAUUUAACAGCUAAGAAAGAAAACUUGGUGGAAGCUGUACAAGGAAUAGUGAAAUUUGCUAAGGAAUUUUUGGAUCUUAUUGACGCGGCAGAUGCUACUGCACAAGCUGAAAUUGCCCGGGAAGCUCUAAAACGGUUGGCUGCUGCAGGAUCAGUAAAAGGUGCUUUACAGGGUCAGGAGUUAAGAGGACUAGCAUUGCGCCUUGCAAAUCAUGGAGAGCUCACAAGGCUGAGUGGAUUGGUAAACAACUUGAUCUCGGUUGGUCUUGGACGUGAAGCUGCAUUUUCAGCUGCUGUUUUGGGAGACAAUGCUCUCAUGGAAAAGGCUUGGCAGGAAACAGGAAUGCUUGCCGAGGCUGUGCUCCAUGCCCAUGCUCAUGGACGACCAACAUUAAAAAGCUUGGUUCAGACUUGGAACAAAAUGCUGCAGAAGGAGGUUGAUCACACACCGUCAACAAAGAUGGAUGCUGCAGCUUCAUUUUUGGCCUCUCUUGAGGAUCCAAAGCUUACAAGUUUAGCAGAUGCAGGCAAGAAGCCACCAAUCGAAAUCUUACCCCCAGGGAUGCCAACUCUCACCGGUCCUAUUUCUCUGGGCAAAAAACCAGCUCCAGCAGCAGCUCAGAAUACCGAGCAACAACCCAAGCAAUUGCUAUUAGAAGGGCCUACUACCGCACCAGUCCCAUCACCAAUACCUACACCGCCAACAACAACAACAACAGAACCUUCUACUAGCACAGAAGCAGCACCAACAGGAACAGAAGCCACUCCUCCAACUACGGAAACUCCCACACCCCAACCAGACUCGGGAGAACCUGUUACAGGGGAUACACCUCAAGUUACAUCAACAAGUAAUUCAGAUCAGGUAAAUCCUGGUGAAACACCUGUUGUAGAAUCAUCUACGGCCAAUAUAGUUGAACCCUCUGAGGCUCUUCCUCAAGUUCCCGAGAUCCAUGAAACUAAUUUGCAGGCUUCGUCAUUAGCAACAGGUGCCACAUCUACUUGAAUUGCAAGACAUGCCGCUGUGUUCUGUCUUUGCCAACAAUAGAAAUUUCUGUAUCGAUACUGAUACACCAUGAAGAACUCCAUUGAUUUACAAUUUUUCUGUAUUGACAUAGAGAAAAGGAAGCGAUUUUGAAUAGUUAGUAUCUGUAAUUAUGAUGGUUGACGUGUAUACUUCAUUUGUUCAUCUCAUUGUUUGUUGUUUUCUUUGUUUUGUUUUUCUUUUCUUAUUGUUGUUCAUAAUUGUAGUUGUAUUUUUUUUUUUAAAUACUGAUUAGGUAGAGCAGCUUCAUUAUUCAGUGCCGAUUUGUAAUUUUUCUUUUUCAAUUAUUAUUUUUUGGUGGA